GCGACUUGUUUCAGUCAUCGCAAAACAUUUGGAAGUUAAAGUGUAGUGCGUGGAAGCAAUAUGGUGAUAGCUCCAAAAAUUCAACUCAAUAAUGGUAUUCAUAUGCCAGUGAUAGGAUUGGGGACGCUAUUUUCUCAAUCCCGGGAAAUUGAAGAGGCUGUUAAAAAUGCAAUAGAUUGCGGAUAUCGUCACAUUGAUACUGCAUUCUGCUACGGAAACGAAAAAGACGUUGGUCGAGCCAUAAAAGCUAAAAUUGAGGAAGGUGUAAUCCGACGUGAAGAUAUAUUCGUAGUGACAAAAUUAUGGUCUACCCACCAUGAGCCUUCUGCUGUAGUACCUGCCUGCCAACAAUCACUCCAAAAUCUUGGUCUUUCAUAUGUUGAUUUAUACUUAAUGCACUUUCCAGUGGGAUUUUCACAAUAUGGUGGAAUAAAUGACAUUGAUUAUGUACAUACUUGGAAAGCAAUGGAACCACUGAUUGACAAAGGAUUAGCUCGGAGUAUCGGGUUAUCGAAUUUUAAUAGCGAGCAAAUUGAACGGGUUCUGCAAGUCUGUAAAGUCAAGCCAGUAGUUAAUCAGGUUGAAUGCAACAUUGGUUUUAAUCAGAAAAAACUAAUUGAAUUCUGCAAACAGCGAGAUAUUCAAAUAACUGCUUAUUGUCCGCUUGGUCAACCAAAUCCGUGCAAAAAAGAUCCACCAUUUCUCUUUGAUGAUCGCAUAAAAGCAAUGGGUGCUAAGUAUAACAAGAGUGCCGCCCAAGUUGCUCUACGAUACCUAAUCCAAAUAGGCACGAUCCCUAUACCUAAAUCGGUUACGAAGCACAGAAUCGCCGAAAAUAUCAACAUUUUCGAUUUUGAGUUGAGUGGGGAUGACAUGAGGGUGCUAGAAACUUACCACACUGGAAAGCGUAAAAUAUUGUUCCAUUUUGCAGAUAGUAAACAUAAAUACUAUCCUUUCAAUAUUGAAUUUUGAAAGCAUAAACAUAUUUUCAAAUUUAUUUGGAGAAGUUCCGUCGAAUGUACAAACUUAAACAAAACUGCCAAGUGAAACAAUUACAAUUUUAUUGUAUCUUUAUAUGAAUUCUCUAAAGAGUACAG